AAACUAUUCACGACCAUUGCAGAGUUUUCGCUAUUUUUCCAACUUUGUUGGCUCACAUUUUAAAUGGUGUCUUUUAGUAAUAAAUGAAGUGGUUGAAUUUUUGGAGUGUCUUUACUUCUGCACAUAAUUUGCAUUCGUUGUGUCGUUCUCUUUAGAAUUUCCAACCAAAAAAGUGCUUAAGUUAAUUUAAUUGAAGGCAUCAACAUCGAUACAAUACAUCGAAACACAAAAGCAACGAUUAAAAAUUAUCUUUUAUUAUUGAAGUUGGGAUGAAAAUGCCAAACAAAUUUUCAUUUUAAAACUCAAUACAUCGAUGGGAUAAUAUGUGACGUUAAACGCAAUUGAGUUCUCAAACGACAGUUCAAAGGUAUACACAGUGUAUUAAAAUUGAUUAAACCUUUUAAACGGUGCAACAAUGACCGAUACAAAAGAUGAACAAGAUGAUAAUCAAACAAAAUCGAAUAAAGCGGGAAUUCCUCCGGUCGCACCUCAUCACCUUCUUCCGCCGAAGGAGGAAGAGAACAUUUUGCGUCGAAGCCUUAAAGAAAUUGGCGAAGAUAUGAAGAAAAUGGAAGAUUUAAUUACAUUAACCGAAGACAUUCUAAGACGUGAACGUCAACGUGACCGUGAAUUUUAUUUGCGCGAACGACGACGAAAAUUAAGUGAAAAUCCAUCGAUACCACGGCAUUUAUUUCAAGUGCAAAAAAUUGAAUCGAAAGACACACAGAAAUCACAGCAACUGCAAAAUUUUGAUGUACCAACAUCGGAAACAAAAACUCCAUCACCACAAAAAGAAAAUAAAAGUCCAUUAACACUUCGAAAAAAGAUAACGAAGCGUUUCAAACGUAAAAGCUUCAAAUCGGAUAAACGAAAGAAUUCAACAACGGUCGACGAUGAAACUCAACCACAAAACCAGCCAUUAAAGUCACCCACACUGAGAAUAAAUACAGUGAGUGGUAAAUCGGUACGAAAAUUGAUACGAUUCAGUCCACGAAGAUAUCGAUCACGUUUAUAUUUUCGCAACGGUAAAAUUGGAUGUAUUGAUCCGGAAAAUGUGGCCGCCAAUCAAACCGAUAUUGAAAAAACGCAUGCCAUUGUAAAUUAUAUAACAAGCGAUUUGGGCAACUACACGAGCCCAAUGGCCGCAAAACGAUCAUCAAUCAAAUCGAACAUAAGCAAAAUAUUGUCGGAAGAAUCAUCGGAAAGUUUAGACGAUUUACCAAAUAGCAAUAGCUACUUUAAUUUUGAAUAUUCGGCAACAGAAAGUGAUGAUCGUGGCAUUGCCGACGAUGAUUACUAUGUAAACAGUUUGAGCGAUAUUGAUUCAUUUACGGUGCAACCGAAAAGCGACGAAGAAUUGACCAUUUUUAAAGAUCAAACGGAUGAUGUUAUUGAAGGUGCCAUUCAAGAGCAAUCGGUUGAUGAAGAAAUGGGCAAUAAUGAUGCAUCUGUUGCAAUUUCCACGCCAAAGAAACUGUCCACUUCUGCUUCAGAUCCGGCAAUGUUGGAUUUUAUCGACGAAACAACAUCAAACCAUCCGAACGACAUGGACGAAAAGCCACCACACAGUGCUAUGAGCAAUCAUUCAAAUAUUACUUUAAAUUCAGACAUCAAAAAUCAAGUGCGUCAUCUGGUGCGACGCUUUAGUAUGCGAACAGGAAAAAUGCGAAAACGCAUUGAAAUGCCGCCAACACCAAGUACGACAAGCUCAUCGCAAUCACAUUUAACACGAAACCGUGUUCAUCUAUCCCAUAAGUUGGCAUCCCCAUUGAGGUCUCCAUCGCAUGCAAAAGGACUAUUCAAAGCCGACGAACAGCAUCCAUCGAGCCAAAAACCAUUCACCCUUAAAUUACUAUUCAACGGUGUGAUCGAUCCACAGGGUUCACUAUAUAUAUCCUGGUUGUGUAUUGUAUCAAUGACGUUUUUGUAUAAUGCUUGGGUCAUUCCGUUGCGUUCUACAUUCCCAUUUCAAACGGAUGAAAAUGAAAGCUACUGGCUUGCCGCUGAUAUUUGUGCUGACAUUAUCUAUUGUUUGGACAUUGUUUUCAUUAAACAUCGCAUUAUGUUUUUGCACGAAGGAUUUUGGGUACAUGAUCGCAAUUCGACGCGAAAAAAUUACAUGCAGAAAUUGAAAUUUAAGAUGGAUAUUCUGUCAUUGAUUCCAUUGGAUUUGCUUUAUUUUAAAUAUGGCAUGAAAAAAAUGGUUUUUGUACGCGCACCACGUUUACUCAAAAUCCAAAGUUUCUGGGAGCUAUUUCGUUUGUUAGACCGCGUCAUUGCAUCACCUUAUCUUGUACGAGUGGGUAGAACGCUGACCUACAUGCUCUACAUGAUACACAUUACGGCCUGCUGCUAUUAUUAUUAUAGUGAUCUUCAAGGUUUGGCAAGUGAUCGUUGGGUGUUUAGUGGAAAAGGGCAUCCAUAUGUGCGGUGUUUUGCGUUCGCUACAAAAACGGCAACAUCAAUUGGAAAGAAUCCGAAGCCAGAGAGUGAGGGUGAAUUGCUUUUUAUGACAGUUGCUUGGCUAAUGGGUGUUUUUAUCUUUGCAUUGUUGAUUGGACAAAUUCGUGAUAUAAUUGCAACAGCAACUCGACUACAGAGUGAAUAUCGUCAACUGGUCGAUGAAACAUUGGAAUGCAUGCGACGUUUAAAUUUGCCAAAAGCAUCAAUUGAUCGUGUUAAAAAGUGGUUUAAAUUUACAUUUGAACAGCAACGAACGCUUGAUGAAAAUAUGAUAUUGGAUUAUUUGCCAUCGAAUUUAAAAACCGAUAUUGCGAUCGCUGUUCACAUUCAAACCUUAUCAAAAGUUCAAUUGUUUGCUAAUUGUGAAGAAGCUUUAUUGCGCGAAUUGGUGUUGAAAUUGCGUUCGGUUACCUAUUUGCCGGAUGAUUACGUUUGCCGAAAAAAUGAGAUUGGAAAGGAAAUGUAUAUUGUAAAAUGGGGCCAAGUUCAGGUGAUGGGCGGACCAGACAAUGAUGAAGUGCUUGCAACAUUGACCGAAGGUUCGGUUUUCGGUGAAAUUAGUUUGCUGGCCAUUAACGGUGUCGAAGGAAAACGACGAACAGCCGAUGUUAAAUCAAAGGGAUUCUCGAAUUUAUUCGUUUUAUCAAAAUCGGAUUUGAAUGACGCUCUCGCCCAGUAUCCACAAGCACAAGCUAUAUUGAAGCGUCGAGCGCACAGUGUUAUGCGAAAAAAUGCAGCUCGUGAACGAAAUCGAGCGAAUGUGUCUUCGUCGAACAAUAGCAUUGAUGUUGUUAUUAAAAAUCCAACGCCGUUUGGUGGUGAUCAGCCAAAGUUACUUGAAACGGUUAUCAAAGCAUUACCCGAAGAAUCAUCGGCGGUUAGGCUGCUAACACAGGGAUCAAAACGACAAAAACCAGCCCAUAAGCUCACGAUAACAGUGGAAAAUCACGAUGGCAAAGCAAAUGACGCAAACAUAAUUGACGACAACAUUGAACCAAUCGAAACGGCAACCGAACCAAUAGCGUCGACCAAAUCACCGGCUGAAAAAUCGGAUUGCCAAAUUUGGUCGGUUGAAAAUGAAAAAGUAAAGGCACCAGCAUCGCCAGAUUUGUUACAGCAAAUACAGGCCGCUCUCUCACAUCGUAACGGGUUCAUGAAUUUAACUGACAGUGAGAAAGCAUUUAUCGCAAAUCCAGAGAUUGGCAAUGACCGAAGAAGCGAUUUUCUUGAUCCAUUGGAUGGUCGGAUGGAUAACCCGAAAAAUCAGUGAAAAUCAAAACUUAUAAACGAAUUGAAAUAGAAAAAAAAACUAAAACAAAAAAAUUGACCAAAAAAUCUGUAUGUAUAUUCUUGGAUUUUUAUAGAAUUUAAGCGACUAUAAAUGGGUAACAAUAAUAAGUAAUGCACAAAUAUGUAUUAUGCAGCAAUUUUUAAUUUCGACUUGAUAAAUUUCCGUGAAAGUUUAAAAUUGAAAAAUCAAAGCCUAUUAAAUCUAUAGUGUAAGUUGAGUCUUUAGAUUUGAACUAAAAAAAACGUGUCAAAGAAAAAUAGAAGUUUGUUUCUUUUUAUGUGAA